AUGGGAGAAGACCACGACGAUGUCGCGCAACCCCCUUCUUCGUCGUUCUCUUCUUCUUCCAUCACUUUGUCGUCUGCGACUUCCUCGGUUUCUUCGUCGCGAACCCGCUCCCUCUGCGUUUCUUCGCUGACGAGGAGAGAAGAAAAACGAAAAGCCAUACUUCAACUUCUCAACACAGUUUCCGGACUCACCGGCUUGACCGCUGAGACGCUCACACUCAAGGCUGUCCACUCCAGCCUCCGUUUCACCUGUCCAUGCCCUCGUUCUUCUUGUUCUUGUUCUUCUCCCUCUGCUUCUCUCUGUCCUCGCGCGUCGUCUGCGAUUGGUCCCUCCAGGUCGUUCUCUUCUUUGUCUUCGCCUUGCGGUUUCUCGAUUUUUUCUUGUCCCCACGACUCUUUUGAGAAGCGAAGAAGAGUUUCCAGAGAUGGAAGACGCGGCAACACCCUCACGGCCAGGAGCGAAGGAGGCGCGAGGGAGAACGAAAGCAGAAGAACUCCAGGUCGAGGGUCACGAGAAGCCAACAAGGAGGUGCAGAACGACGAUGUGGGCGAAGGAAGAAAGGCGAGAGAGUUGCAAGGAAGCAACGCUUGUUGUCGGAGACAGAACGAACCGGAAGCAGGCAAGAAACCUGCCCGAGCGCUGUCAGGAACUGCGCUCGUUGAUAAGGCGUUCGGCACCGUUAUCUUGCCCCUCCUGAAGAAACUUUUUUCGACUUCGGCAGACUCCGCGAAAUCCUUUGCUUCCACGUCUCACCAGACAAGCGCCUCGGACGCGACUCGCGUAGGUGCAGGUCGAGGAGACGAACCUCGAAGAAAGAAAUGCAGACGAGAAACGGAAGUCGAAGAAGCGCGAGAAGACGCCUCUGAGACGGACGAAGACGAAGACCUUCUUCUCGUGAACGUUGCGACUCUCAGGAGUCUUCUCCGCUUCGUCAGAGAUGUCCUCUCUGGUCGUAUCGACCGCGAAGCCCCAAGAGGUAUCGUUCUCGCAUUCGUUUGCUUCCAUUUCUUUCUUCGAGAUCUUUUUCUGACUGUUGGUGCCCCUCUCUAG